AUGGAAUCCGCGAGAAGGGGAUGGAAUCUGGAAGAAGGGGAUGGAAUCUGGGAGAAGGGGGUGGAAUCUUGGAGAAGGGGAUGGAAUCUGGGAGAAGGGGAUGGAAUCAAGGAGAAGGGGAUGGAAUCUGGGAGAAGGGGAUGGAAUCUGGGAGAAGGGGAUGGAAUCUGGGAGAAGGGGAUGGAAUCUGGGAGAAGGGGAUGGAAUCUAGGACAAGGGGAUGGAAUCAGGGAGAUGGGGAUGGAAUCUAGGGGAAGGGGAUGGAAUCUGGGAGAAGGGGAUGGCAUCUGGGAGAAGGGGAUGGAAUCUGGGAGAAGGGGAUGGAAUCUGGGAGAAGGGGAUGGAAUGGGAGAAGGGGAUGGAAUCUGGGAGAAGGGGAUAGAAUCUGGGAGAAGGGGAUGGAAUCUGGGAGAAGGGGAUGGAAUAUGGGAGAAGGGGAUGGAAUCUGGGGAGAAGGGGAUGGAGUCCGGGAGAAGGGGAUGGAAUUUGGGAGAAGGGGGUGGAAUCAAGGAGAAGGGGAUGGAAUCCGGGAGAAGGGGAUGGAAUCUGGGAGAAGGGGAUGGAAUCCGGGAGAAGGGGAUGGAAUCUGGGAGAAGGGGAUGGAAUCUAGGAGAAGGGGAUGGAAUCUGGGAGAAGGGGAUGGAAUCUGGGAGAAGGGGGUGGAAUCUGGAAGAAGGGGAUGGAAUCUGGGAGAAGGGGAAAGAAUCUGGGAGAAGGGGAUGGAAUAUGGGAGAAGGGGAUGGAAUCUGGGAGAAGGGGAUGGAAUCUGGGGGAUGGAAUCAGGGAGAAGGGGAUGGAGUCCGGGAGAAGGGGAUGGAAUCUGGGAGAAGGGGGUGGAAUCAGGGAGAAGGGGAUGGAAUCCGUGAGAAGGGGAUGGAAUCUGGGAGAAGGGGAUGGAAUCCGGGAGAAGGGGAUAAAAUCUGGGAGAAGGGGAUGGAAUCUGGGAGAAGGGGAUGGAAUCUGGGAAAAGGGGAUGGAAUCUGGGAGAAGAGGAUGGAAUCUGGGAGAAGGGGAUGGAAUCUGGGAGAAGGGGGUGGAAUCUGGGAGAAGGGGAUAGAAUCUGGGAGAAGGGGAUGGAAUCAGGGAGAAGGGGAUGGAAUCUGGGAGAAGGGGAUGGAAUCUGGGAGAAGGGGAUGGAAUCUGGGAAAAGGGGAUGGAAUCUGGGAGAAGAGGAUGGAAUCUGGGAGAAGGGGAUGGAAUCUGGGAGAAGGGGGUGGAAUCUGGGAGAAGGGGAUAGAAUCUGGGAGAAGGGGAUGGAAUCAGGGAGAAGGGGAUGGAAUCUGGGAGAAGGGGAUGGAAUCUGGGAGAAGGGAAUGGAAUCUCGGAGAAGGGGAUAGAAUCUGGGAGAAGGGGAUGGAAUAUGGGAGAAGGGGAUGGAAUCUGGGAGAAGGGGAUGGAAUCUGGGAGAAGGGGAUGGAAUCUGGGAAAAGGGGAUGGAAUCAGGGAGAAGGGGAUGGAAUCUGGGAGAAGGGGAUGGAAUCUAGGAGAAGGGGGUGGAAUCUGGGAGAAGGGGAUGGAAUCUGGGAGAAGGGGAUGGAAUCUGGGAAAAGGGGAUGGAAUCAGGGAGAAGGGGAUGGAAUCUGGGAGAAGGGGAUGGAAUCUGGGAGAAGGGGGUGGAAUCUGGGAGAAGGGGAUGGAAUCUGGGAGAAGGGGAUGGAAUCAGGGAGAAGGGGAUGGAAUCUGGGAGAAGGGGAUGGAAUCUGGGAGAAGGGGAUGGAAUCUCGAAGAAGGGGAUAG